UCGUGACUAUUCCGAGUCGAACGGAAAACGAAAGAAUAAAAAAAAACGGAAUCGUCAUCGCCGACGUCCUCUAGCUUCGCGACGACGUUUUCACAUCCAGUGGCUUUCCUCGUCCGUUGAUUCGUGCACGGUCUCGCUCUAGCUAUCGCUCGGAUAUUAGUUUUCGUUUCUUUCCACUGAAUAUUCGGAUCCCCGCGCGCGCACUCGUUCGCGACGACGUAAUAUCUGUACUGGGAAAAAGACUACCGCCCCGGGUUGUUCGGUGGCAUCGAACGUUGUGCGUCUCUCGAGCAUGCAGGCCGCGAUGAACGGCAACGGCCGAGCGAACGCUGCUGCUGAGACCAGAGGACGUAAUGGCCACGUGCUAGUGUGGGAGCAGCCCGGCCUGGAAGAAGAGGACAGACCCCAACGAAAACGGAGAAGAUUGGUGGGCUCGCGCCAUGUGGUAACCUUCAUGCUGUUCCUGGGUAUGGCGAACGCGUACGUGAUGAGAACCAACAUGUCGGUGGCGAUCGUCGCGAUGGUGAACCACACGGCUCUUCACGGUCACGAACACGACCCCGAGGUGACGACCAACGAAUGCGGAGUGCCGAUUACGGACGCGUCCAGCUCCGCGAAUAGCGGCAGCGACGGUGAGUUCGUGUGGGACAGCACCAAACAGGGCUACCUGUUGAGUUCCUUCUUCUACGGCUACGUGAUCACGCAGAUACCGUUCGGUAUACUAGCGAAACGUUACGGGUCCAAGUACUUUCUCGGCGUCGGGAUGAUGAUCAACUCGGUGUUCGGGUUACUGGUACCAAUGUCCGCGCGUGCCGGAUACUACUGGCUGAUGGUAGUUCGAUUCAUUCAAGGCCUGGGCGAGGGUCCAAUUGUGCCUUGCACGCACGCGAUGCUGGCCAAGUGGAUACCGCCGAAUGAACGCAGCCGGAUGGGAGCCUUCGUCUACGCCGGUGCGCAAUUCGGCACGGUAAUAUCUAUGCCGCUGAGCGGAAUCUUGUCCGAAUACGGAUUCGACGGUGGUUGGCCGUCGAUCUUUUACGUGUUCGGCGCGGUCGGCACCAUCUGGUGUGUCGCUUUUUUAUUGAUGGUUUACGAGGAUCCUGAGAGUCAUCCCCAUAUCGCCGAAGACGAGAAAAAGUAUAUACUGAGCGCGCUGUGGGGCAGCGCUGGCGCAUCGUCGCCUCCAGUGCCAUGGCGGUCCAUCGUUACGUCGCUGCCAUUUUGGGCCAUUUUGAUGGCGCAUAUGGGUCAAAAUUACGGAUACGAAACCCUGAUGACCGAGCUGCCCACAUUCAUGAAGCAAAUAUUGCACUUCGACAUUAAAUCGAAUGGCACCGUUUCCUCGCUUCCGUACUUGGCUAUGUGGUUAUUCUCAAUGCUGAUAUCCCACGUGGCUGACUGGAUGAUCUCGAACGGAAAGUUCAACCACACGUACACCAGAAAAAUCAUCAACAGUAUCGGUCAAUUCGGACCGGCGAUCGCGUUGAUCGGCGCUUCCUACACCGGCUGCAAUUCGUGGCUGACUGUUACCAUCCUGACGAUCGGCGUGGGUCUGAACGGUGGUAUUUAUUCAGGAUUCAAGGUGAAUCACCUGGACAUAUCCCCGCGAUUCGCUGGUGUGUUGAUGUCCUUCACCAAUUGCCUGGCCAAUCUCGCCGGUCUUCUUGCACCUAUCACGGCUGGAUACAUAAUCGUCGGAACGCCGACGCAAGCGAAAUGGAGACUCGUCUUCAUGAUAUCGUCGGGCGUGUACAUCGUGUGCGCAAUUUUCUACAUAAUCUUUGGCUCCGGAGAGCGACAGUCUUGGGACAAUCCGGACAAAGAUGAGGAGAGGCACGAGAAGCAAGGCCUGGAAACCGUAAAAACCGUUUCGGAAACACAACAUUGACGACCAGUCUGGUUGCGUGACGACCGAUACAUUCGCGCGCUUUCUCUCACUCUCUCUCUCUUUCUGUCUCUCUCACUCUCUCUCCUCCUUUCUCCCUAUCUGCCAUUACAAAUACGGCGAAUACGACAGACGAUGCAUAGAUAGAGUCGUUCGAGCCUGAAGAACCGACCAGUACGUUAAUCCCAUCCGUGUCCGUAUUUUCGGGUGAAACAAUCGAAUCACUUCAUCGAAAGCUCGUGAAUUACCGCGAAAUCAACGUCUUCGUGCGGUUUCGCGGUAUCAUCCUCGACAUCUAUUUAAAUCGUUUUGUAUCCUCGAUAACUUUAGUAAAAGUGCGCAUGUGUAUAAAAUCGCGUUUCUCGGAUCGAACGGGUUCGUUUUCGUAUUCUUCCAAAGUUCCCUGACAGAUUUCCGCCGUGCACCUGAAGUACCAUUAUUUCUACUUGGGAACGAGAGUUCCUGAAAUGAAGUUCCCACGUGUUGCACAGCCAACUGGUACGCAAAUACUCGUGCAACGACCAAGUCGAAUCGGACGUCUUGUUUCUACGCGAUGUACAGAAUCAUAUUAAGAAACGAACGAAAGUGUCUGUGAGUACAUAUUACGAAGAGGUAUAUGAAAUAUGCAUAUUAUACAUACAAACAUGAAAAACGUAUUCCUAUACAUACGUACACUGACGUGCAAACUCGGCUUCCGUUAGGGAAAAAAGUAGCGUAGUUGACGGCCUGCAUACGACUCGGUAAAUUUAAAACAGGCACUGAAGUAAAUGUUAAACCGAAUGUUAAGUUGGCAUAAAUUUCAGUCCAACACCAAAUAGUAGGCUUUUCCUUACAUCACUUUUCCCCCUAGAGGUAGCUGAGUUUGCUUGUGAGGACACAUAUAAAUGUAGAAAGAGAGAGAGAGAGAGAGAGGGAGUCGGAAAAUACGAGCGAUUGAGACGAGGAAGGAAAAUUUUACAUUUUUAUAGAGUACCUUUUCAUUUAGCGAUCAUUACGUGCCUUACGAUCGAAUAGCCCAGGAUAAAAAUAGCACUAGAGUUUCUUCGAAUCGAUCAGAAUACGCAUCGACGACCAAUGAUCGCUCGAUCGACGGAGCGACGGUUUGAUCGUAAAAGAAAGAAUGAAAGAAAAAAACCGGCGAGUCGUCGCGGCAUCGUGACGGACGAAUGUGGCAGCAGUAUUAGAGAAAAUAUCCUCGCGUUCGCCCCCUUUUGUUACGCGCCGCGUUUUAUCCGCAAACAACUGCCAUUUUGUAUUGCACGACUGACACUGAUCGCGAGAACGUGCUCGAUUCCCAGUCUUCAGGGAUGUUCAAGCUACUUCCGGAAGCGUUCCGAACAACACGUUGCAAUACAAGAAUGGUUUAUACAUACUGUAGAUAUUUCCACGCGUAUGUUUCUACUAAGUUAUAGUGGUUAGGAAAAGAUAUCGCUCCUACUUAUUUAUACAACGUGUACAAAGCAGAAGAAACCGAUAGGAAAGGGGAUAAUUUCGAAUGUAUUGAAACUUAUGAAAACAACAUUCGAAGGAGAUAAUUUAUA